GGCGGCGCCUGCGCGGUGCGGGCCCGCUGGCCGGAAGCGCGGAGCAGAACCCGGCGAGGGCAGAGCGGCGCUCCCGCCUUCGCCGCCCCUUCCCCGCCGCGACCCCCGCGUCCCGCUGCCGCCGCCGCCAUGUUCCCUCACACGCUCCGAGUACGACCGGGGUGUGAACACUUUUUCUCCGGAGGGAGGCUGUUCCAAGUGGAGUAUGCAAUGAGGCCCAUAAAGCUUGGUUCCACGGCCAUCGGGAUCCAGACCUCGGAGGGCGUCUGCCUGGCUGUGGAGAAGAGGAUCACCUCCCCGCUCAUGGAACCCAGCAGCAUUGAGAAGAUUGUAGAAAUCGAUUCCCACAUAGGGUGUGCCAUGAGUGGCUUAAUAGCUGAUGCAAAGACUUUAAUUGAUAAAGCAAGAGUGGAGACUCAGAAUCACUGGUUCACCUACAAUGAAACCAUGACAGUGGAGAGCGUGACGCAGGCUGUGUCCAACCUGGCGCUCCAGUUUGGGGAGGAGGAUGCGGACCCGGGGGCGAUGUCUCGUCCGUUUGGCGUUGCACUGCUUUUUGGAGGAGUUGAUGAGAAGGGACCCCAGCUGUUUCACAUGGACCCUUCGGGGACGUUUGUGCAGUGCGACGCCAGAGCGAUUGGCUCCGCCUCGGAAGGCGCACAGAGCUCCCUGCAAGAGGUUUACCAUAAGGUAAAAGGCUGGGUUGGGGCUGAUAUCUCACAAGCUACAGAGGUACCUCACGACCUACAUUUCUUCCCGAGGAGUGAUUCAUAGGACUCCUCCUGCCCUAUAGAGGAGGUGUGUGAGCUCGUCAGGGUGGGACUCGGUCCUUGGCAGUUGAUCCUGUGAUUAGGUGUCAGCGCUGAGCUGCUGGAUGAGGAUCUCUACGAUGAGGAGAGUACUACUACCAGCAGCUUCCCCCCAGGGCUGCAGCUGGAACACGAGACCGGUGUCUGAGAUGACGGUCUCCGCCUCUAGCGGGUGAUAAUUAAGACCAUGUCAGGAAGUACUCUAUAAAUAAAAGAACUGCUGGUCAGCAGCGGGGCUUGGUAUGGAUGCAGCCUGAAGCGUAAGGAGCUAAAGCAAGCGGCUUCGUUUCACCAGAUCUGUUAAGCCAGUGAAGUUAAUGGAUUUUACGCUGCAAGUACUGAUCCUAUUUAAUAUCAAAUACAAACUUUCUUCCCUCCAUGAGGAGGGAGGUGCCUGGUUUGUGUAGUGAGAAACCAAACACUGUAAUGAGAAGCAUAAUUGAUGGUGUUGAUUGCUGUGAAGACUUCCAGCCUAAGACUUAAUAACCUAAUUUGUUCACUAGCAGAAUUGUCCCAAGUUCUGGGCUCUCUGGCUUGUUUACUGUCUUCCAAGUGCAAAGUAACUGCAAACACAGCUAUUGUCACUCUCCGAAUGUUGCAUUGCCCUCUGGAUCUAGUUCCCCCUCCUGCAGGGAUUUAAAUGAUUAAAGCAUGAAGGCUUCUGCCAAGAGGGAGUCCGGCUUUUCGGAGCUCCUGCUGGAGUUUGUUGGGAGGAACUGCUUGACAGACAGUAAUGGUGAAGAGAAGUGGGCCCUUGUGUCCCGAUCCUGACAGUAAGGUUUAUGUGCCCAGAUUAACAGUUCCUAAGCUUUGUAAAAAGUUACACAGAAGCAGAAAGUCACCAUCCUUGCAAUUGUCACUGUCCUGCCCAAACAGUGCACUUUGAUCUCUUGUUGAUGCUGUAGAUAACUUGAUAAGCUUUUCAAUUUGCUGCCAGCGACAGCUUGAAGGAUUUGAGAAGAGCAAGGGGGAGAGCAGCACGCUUUCGCGGUCAAAGGGGAAACGUCCAAGCACUUCCUUGAACGUCAACAGUGCAAUUAAUGACUGAUUUGUUUUACAGUCGAUGACGCUGAAAGAAGCAAUCAAAUCUUCCCUCGUCAUCCUGAAACAAGUUAUGGAGGAGAAA